AGAACCGCAGAAGAGAAAGCCAUCGAUGAAUGGCUCCCAGUCACUUCUGAACGGAAAGCCACGUGGUGGUACUCGGCUUUUCACAAUAUCACGGCCAUGGUUGGAGCUGGGGUCCUCGGUCUCCCUUAUGCCAUGUCCGAACUCGGCUGGGGUCCCGGUGUAACCAUAAUGAUUCUUUCAUGGGUCAUCACCUUGUACACCCUGUGGCAAAUGGUGGAGAUGCACGAGAUGGUUCCUGGUAAGAGGUUUGAUAGGUACCAUGAGCUAGGUCAGCAUGCAUUUGGUGAAAAGCUCGGGCUUUGGAUCGUCGUACCCCAACAAGUCGUGGUCGAAGUCAGUACAUGCAUUGUCUACAUGGUUACCGGGGGAAAAUCACUCAAGAAGUUCCAUGAUAUUGUCUGUCCACCGCCCAAGUGCCAAGAUAUUAGGCUCACCUUCUUCAUCAUGAUCUUCGCUUCCGUCCAUUUUGUCAUCUCUCAUCUUCCCAACUUCCAUUCCUUGUCUCUUAUCUCCUUGUCCGCAGCUGUAAUGUCCUUGAGUUACUCUACUAUUGCUUGGGUGGCUUCAGUGACUAAGGGGCAAGAAGCGGAUGUGAACUAUGGUCCAAGAGAGACAAGUACAACUGCAAUUACUCUCAGCUCUUUCAAUGCUUUGGGAGAUGUUGCCUUUGCCUUUGCAGGUCAUAAUGUGGUGUUGGAAAUCCAAGCAACAAUUCCUUCGACUCCUGAUAAGCCUUCAAAGAAACCAAUGUGGAGAGGAGUAAUCCUUGCCUACUUGGUUGUUGCCUUGUGUUACUUCCCAGUUGCAUUUUCCGGUUACUACUCCUUUGGGAACAAAGUUGAUGACAACAUUCUGGUUACCCUGCAAAAACCUUCAUGGCUCAUUGCCACUGCAAACAUGUUCGUCGUGGUCCAUGUCAUAGGAAGCUAUCAGGUAUACGCCAUGCCAGUUUUUGACAUGCUAGAAACAUUCUUGGUGAAGAAACUACGCUUCAAACCUUCGACUGUGCUUCGCUUUACCACUCGUACUAUUUAUGUUGGUGUGACCAUGUUCGUUGCCAUUGCUGUCCCCUUCUUUGGAGGCUUAAUGGGAUUCUUCGGUGGCCUUGCUUUGGCCCCAACAACGUACUACCUUCCCUGCAUUAUGUGGCUCGUUCUCUACAAACCAAAGAGGUUCGGCUUGUCUUGGUGUGCAAAUUGGGUCUGCAUCGUGGUCGGCAUUGUCCUGAUGAUUCUAGCACCUAUUGGCGGUCUAAGGUCCAUCAUCCUAUCAGCCAAGAACUACAAAAUGUUCUCUUAA